CGCCGACAAGGUCGCACGCGUGAGGCCUGUCCGCAGCAGCCAACAUGCACUACGUCGCCUCUUACUUGCUUGCCGCCCUUGGGGGCAACGCCUCUCCUAGCGCCAAAGACAUUAAGAAGAUACUAGACAGCGUGGGCAUUGAGGCUGACGAUGACCGGCUCAACAAUGUCAUCAGUGAGCUGAAUGGAAAAAACAUUGAGGAUGUCAUCGCCCAGGGUGUUGGUAAACUUGCUAGUGUUCCUGCUGGUGGGGCUGUAGCUGUUUCUGCUGCCCCUGGCUCUACAGCUCCUGUUGCUAGUUUUGCCCCUGCCGCAGCAGAGGAGAAGAAAGACGAGAAGAAGGAAGAAGGAAGAGUCCGAAGAGUCAGAUGAUGACAUGGGAU